AUCUAGUUUAUUUUUAAAGGAAUAUUAAAACAUUCAAUAAACUGUUAAUCAUAUAUUAUACAUCAUGCGAGCAGCAUUACGUGUAUUGCUAAUAGCUCUGUUAAUAUCACCAUGUCUGGCAGAGCAGCCGCGCGGACGGCUGCUUGUGUUUGGCGAUGAUCUGGGCGACACAGGAAACUUGCGAAAGCUGACAAACAACAGCAGCAUCGGGUACAGCGGCGGGCGACUAACGAACGGGCCGGUGUUCGCAGAAUACAUGGCAACAAUGCUGAACAAGCAGCUCAGCAGUUUCGCCUACGCUCAGUCUGCUAUCGACGACACAUGGUUGAGUCCCGAGGCGGACGGCCACCAGGUGCCCAGCCUCGACGACCAAAUCGUCAAAUUUGCCGAUGCCGAGCGCGACUGGAUUAGACGCAAGUCAGAGCCACGGAACAGUAUUGUGGUAAUAAGUGCUGGAGCGAGUGAUGUGCUGCGCCAAAAAGAGCCCCUCAGUGCGCUCAACAUGGAGCUUUCGCAGAAGCUGGUUAAGGGCGUGUUUCGGCAGAUAGAUAGGGUGCAGAAACUGGGGUUUGACAGCAUUGUUGUGGCAAAUUUGCCUGCGCUGUAUGCAUUGCCGCGGUGGCAGGUGUCGGCGUCGGUGGAUACUUUGCGCAGCUUCGUUCGGGCCACCAACACCCUGUUUCGCGAGCGGCUCGUGGACAGGGGCGGGGGCAGCGCCAGUUUGCGGCUGUGGCUCUUGGACGUGGAGGACUUCCAGCUGGUCACGGCAAACGCUACGUUUGCUAGGUCCAUCGGGGCCAGGAACACCAGCGGUGCAUGUAUCACUGCGGCGGGGAGUUGCAAGGACCCUGCGGAUUUUGUGUUUUAUGAUGAUGUGCAUAUGGAUAUGCGGCUGCACCAUCUGCUGGGCCUGGCUGCUGCCACGAUGGUGCAGGGCGGCGAUGUGCAGUACGAUGCCACUUAUUUCGGACAGCUGGCCAAGGAGUAUGACAUUGGCGUGCUGUACCAUACGACUGCCACGAUGUUUGACGAUUCGAGCACAGGGCCAGAUGGCAUGGCGGCAACGGCGGCGGCAGCGGCGGCGACUGACCCUUUGCUCACAGUCACAUCGAGCUCUGUGGCCAAUUGCUCGCUGACAGUCAUGUGCACAUCGGUGACUCAGUCAUCGGUUGUGCUGGAGCAGCGGCUGCAAUCCAACAGUCAGGGGAUGAUGGGGUUUGGCUUCGCAGGAAUUUGGUGGCAGCAGGCAUAUAUUUGUAUUGCUUGGUUGCUGGUGUUUAUGUAACGAGUUUUGUUGCUUUUCGCUAGAUUCACUUUUUUUAUUAUUCUGCUUGAGUGGCGGUUGAUUUGUCAAUAGAAGGAAUCUGUCGAGUAUUGAUUACUAUUUUACACUUUGUGUGUAUUGAAAAAGCACAUGUUAAUCUAUACUACAGUAAAUUGCUUGCUUGCUCACAAAAACAUAUUGGUUCUGUAAAGCCACAUCUUAACAAACCUCUGUAUGUCCGCG